AGAAGAAUGGAUAGGGGAAAUUGCUCCUCUGUGAAUGAAUUCAUUUUCUCAGGAAUUACCAAUAACCAUGAUACAAAAGUGGCCCUGUUCAUCACAUUCCUACUUGUUUAUCUCAUUGCACUUCUUGCCAAUCUUGGAAUGAUAAUUUUAAUUAAAGUGGAUGCUCAGCUCCACACACCCAUGUACUUCUUUCUCACCAAUCUCUCCUUCUGUGACUUCUGCUAUUGUACAGCAAUUGGACCCAAGAUGCUAGUGGAUCUCUUAGCUCACGAUAAAUCAAUUCCCUUUGUUGGUUGUGCUUUGCAGUUCUUGACAUUCUGUGUCUUUGCAGAUUCUGAAUGUCUGCUACUGGCAGUAAUGGCCUUUGAUAGAUACCAGGCCAUCAGCAAUCCAUUGCUCUACACAGUGAACAUGUCCAACACGGUGUGUUCCAUGCUUAUGGUUGGGGUUUACCUGAUUGCAACAACAGAUGGUUUGAUCCAUACAACCUUGGCAUUCCGUUUAUGUUUCUGUGGUUCUAAUGAGAUCAACCACUUCUUUUGUGAUUUACCUCCACUUUACAUGCUCUCCUGCUCUGACAUACAAGUCAAUGAACUUGCCUUAUUUACUGUUUUUGGUUUUAUUGAACUAAGUACCAUCUCAGGAGUUCUGAUCUCUUAUUGUUACAUCAUUUUAUCAGUACUAAAGAUCAGUUCUACUGAGGGGAGGUUCAAAGCUUUCUCUACCUGCACCUCCCAUCUUACCGCAGUUGCCAUUUUCCAAGGAACUGUACUCUUCAUGUAUUUUCGACCAAGUUCUUCAUAUUCUCUGGAUCAAGACAAAAUAACCUCAUUGUUUUAUACUCUUGUGAUUCCCAUGCUGAAUCCUCUGAUUUAUAGCCUAAGGAACAAGGAUGUGAAACAGGCACUGAAAAAACUUAAAAUGAAAAUAUGGUUCUAA